GUGGUGGGCGGAGCUUGAGGCCGGCGAGCGGUGGGGGAACGUUUGCCUGCCUCGUCAGUCUGUCACGAUCUGUAGCACGUAGAGGGUGUGCCGUGCGCUGUCCUUCGCACCAGUAACACGCUCCUCGUCACUCUUAUCAGCCAGCCAUGCGGUGGCUAACACAACCUGUGGUCAUCGCACUGGCCAUGGUCACCAUCUCGACAUGUAUAUCAAAGACCUCCGCCAACGCCGUGUUUGAGCUAAGACUCAACAAGUUUGUGAACCAGUAUGGACGGGACACAGAGGGUCACUGUUGUAACGGGUACAGAGACUCAGAGGGACAGUGUAGUGGUACUUGUAGAACCAAGUUCCGUGUGUGUCUUAAAGUGUACCAGGAGGUGAUCGACCCAAAGUCCCCAUGUACUUUUGGGGAGGCAGUGACGCCCAUCUUGGGCGAGAACGAAGUGGAUUUCUCAAAAGCCGACUUGGAUGGAUUUGUGAAUCCUGUGAGAUUUCAGUUGGCGUCGUGGCAGGGAACCUUUUCACUGAUCAUAGAAGCUUGGCAUGAACACCCCAACGGCACAGCCUCGUAUGUCGGUCCUGCCCUCAUCACCCGCCUCAUGACCCAGCGAUGGUUGGACCUGGGCGAGGACUGGACGGGCGACGACCACCGCACCGCACACGCCUCCCUCAGCUACGAGUACCGGGUCAUCUGCCAGGAGCACUAUUACGGCGAAGGCUGCCGCAAAUGGUGUAAACCGCGCAAUGACAACUUCGGUCAUUACGUGUGUAACGACACCGGCUACCUGGUGUGUCUGGAGGGAUGGCAGGGUACCCACGACUACUGCAUCACUCCCAUCUGCCGGGCUGGCUGUCACCCGACCACUGGCCACUGUGAGCAACCCAACGAGUGCAAAUGUCAUAAUGGAUGGAAGGGUCCUAACUGUGACCAAUGCGAGAAGUACCCUGGCUGUCUUCACGGGUCGUGUGAGAAACCUUGGCAGUGCGCCUGUGACGAGGGCUGGGGCGGCCUCUUCUGCAACCAGGACCUUAACUUCUGCACCAACCAUCGUCCCUGUAAGAACGGCGCUACAUGUCUAAAUACGGCGCCCGGAUCAUACUCGUGCCAGUGCCCACCUGGCUUCUCUGGCACUAACUGUGAGAUAAUCAACGACACGUGUGCCACCACCCCGUGUCGUAAUGGUGGCACUUGUCUCGACACUGGAGAUGACAACUUUGUCUGCCAGUGUCCGUCUGGCUACACUGGCCAGUACUGUGAGAUCUCGGGCCAGUCUUGUGCUGACCGACCCUGUAUGCACGGUGCCACCUGCUCCGACACUCCCACGGGCUACCAGUGCCUAUGCCACGCGGGCUUCGAGGGCACCAACUGUGAACGACCCGUCAACGAGUGUGCCUCAGACCCCUGUCUCAACGGUGGUUCUUGUGUGGACGAGCACGACAGCUACCAGUGCGUGUGUCCCGUAGGCUACAGCGGCACUCGUUGCCAGACUGACAUAGACGACUGUGCUCACCGACCUUGUCUUAACGGUGGCACCUGUGUGGACGGUGUUGACUCCUACGUGUGUCGGUGUGUGCCGGGCUUCCUGGGGACGCUCUGCCAGACCAAUGUGGACGACUGUCGCACUCAACCUUGUGCUAAUGGCGGUACUUGUGUCGAUCGUGUCAAUGAUUUCCAGUGUCAGUGUAAGCCAGGCUGGGGCGGCCGACAGUGUACUGACAGUGUGCCGGUGCCGCCCUCGCCCUGUGCCUCGUCUCCCUGCAACAAUGGUGGCCACUGUGUGGAGGCGCUGGAACUGGCCGUGGGAUACAGGUGCUCGUGCCCUCGCGGUGUGGGAGGACCUCGCUGCUCCAUCGUCACCUCCAAGACUUCUCCACACACAGACAAGGUUGUGGAGCCGAUGUCCCCGGCCCAGGUGGUGCUCAUAGUGGUGUUCAGCACAGCCGUGCCGGUGCUGGUGGUGGUGUCCGUGUUAGCCAUCGUGUGCAUGAAGCGCAAGCGGAGGUGUGAUCGCGCCCGCCAGGAUGAAGAAGCUCGGCGCCAGAAUGAACAGAACAUGGUGCACAAUGCUGUGAAUGCCGUCAACAACAAGUGUCUGGAGGACCACAUGAUCUUCAAUUCAUUAGACUACCCAGCCAAGCCUCUCAACACCCAGUCUCAGGGGCACCACCAGCCCCACCACCACCAGGAGACCGAUUACAAGAACAUGGUAGUGGAGAACACGUACAGCAUCGUCCCCACCAGGAGCACCAAGACCCUCAACACGGACGUCUCGAGACUCUCCCUGGCAGAUCGCUUGGAGAAGGACCUGGACGCCCUCACCUGCCGCGGGACGCCGACCUCAGAGUUCAACGCGCCCUGCAAGGUGUUGCCUGAGACACACCUGCCCCGCACCCAUAGUCACAGCGAUGUGUACAUGAAGAGAGGCGGGGUUAGUGGGAGCUGUGACAUACACACUUCCACCAACACGCUAACCUCCACCUGCUCCCCCUCCACCUGCACCACCCCCUCCAGCGUCUUCGUCAUAGAGGAACACUAUGACGACGACAACUACAUCGCCACGCAAGUGUAGUAGUGCCAAGGUGUCAUAGAAAAACGUUUAAUAAAGUAAACUUGUGCUAGUGAGGCCAAAAACGACUUUAUAUUACAAUUAAUAGUAUUAUUUUUGUUCGCCUUCCACUGUGAAAAGUUUCCGUCUUUCUCUACCACGUGUUGAAAGUUUUCUGUCUCGCUGAAGAAGUGUCGCCUCACUUCGUUAGUCCUCAACACAUCCAAAGAUGUUUUAAUUUAGAUUUUCUUGCAAAUGUGUUAUUUAUUUAUUGUUAAAAUAAAUGAUUUUUAUACGCUGUAAGUUGUGGUAUGUGGUACAAAGUGGGUUAUUUGUAGUGCCUUCCGUGUGAGCAGUGAACAGUGCGUGUGGCAGGUGUACAGCAGCCUUCCGUGUGAGCAGUGAACAGUGUGUGUGGCAGGUGUACAGCAGCCUUCCAUGUGAGCAGUGAAUAGUGUGUGUGUGGCAGGUGUGCAACAGCCUUCCGUGUGAGCAGUGAACAGUGCGUUUGGCAGGUGUACAGCAGCCUUCCAUGUGAUAAGUGAAACAGUGUGUGUGGCAGGUGUACAGCAGCCUUCCAUGUGAACGGUGUGUGUGUUGAACACAGUGGCAGGUGUACAGCAGCUUAGUACUGACGUCACCAAGUCAGUCACGUGGUCUGUUGGCAGUGGCGCCCCGUGAGGAAGAGGUCGCUGUGUAAGGUGGCUGGUGGCGCCCUUCAGGUGGUCACCUGCUGUCUGUUCCACACCACCUGGAUACUCCACACCACCUGGAUACUCCACACCACCUGGAUACUCCACACCACCUGGAUACUUCACACCACCUGGAUACUCCACACCACCUGGAUACUCCACACCACCUGAAUACUCCACACCACCUGGAUGCUCCACACCACCUGGAUGGGACAGUUUCAAAUUCUUAACCUUAACUUCUGUAGAAAAAAAAUGACAUUUUUCAGUUGUUUGUGACCAAGAAUGUUUUUAUUCGGUUGAUUUCUAUUAGAAUUUUGUAUUUUUGACAUUUGUGAGUAACAUGAAACUGUCUUAAGGUGGUCAGUCUACGACCUGUGUCAGUCACCACCAGUCAACUCACUGUUCACACUCUCCCUUGUAUGUAUCCCCCAGUGUUCCUAUGUUCAGUUGUUCUACCACACCAAUUUAUGAUAUUUGUAUUGUCAAUUUUCUUUUUCAAAUACAGUUAAUUAGUUGUGAUGGCCCGGCCCGUCUCUGUGACCAGUAUCCAUUUAAUUUGGGAAAAACAGUUUACUUGGUGUUUGUGUAAAAUAGUUGAUGGCCAGAUACUGAAGCUGUGUACUGUAGGUGUAGAGGCUGUCCUCAUGAGCCGCACUGUAGACCUGUCCCAACAACUACGGUUAUCUACGUUACUUUUAAAUAUGUAGGUAUCAUAUUGUUGUUCUCAUUACUAACUACGACUGUUAUUAAUACACAUAAUGUCGUAGUUAUUAUCACGACUAUGACUUAUUAAUACACACAGGUCGUAGUUACUAUCACGACUAAUUACGACUGUUAUUAAUACACACAAGGUCGUAGUUACUAUCACGACUAACUACGACUUAUUAAUACACACAAGGUCGUAGUUACUAUCACGACUAACUAUGACUGUUAUUAAUACACACAGGUCGUAGCAAUUAUCACGACUAUGACUUAUUAAUACACACAGGUCGUAGUUACUAUCACGACUAAUUACGACUGUUAUUAAUACACACAAGGUCGUAGUUACUAUCACGACUAACUACGACUGUUAUUAAUACACACAAGGUCGUAGUUACUAUCACGACUAACUACGACUGUUAUUAAUACACACAAGGUCGUAGUUACUAUCACGACUAACUACGACUGUUAUUUGUACACAAGGUCGUAGUUACUAUCACGACUAACUACGACUUAUUAAUACACAUAAUGUCGUAGUUAUUAUCACGACUAUGACUUAUUAAUACACACAGGUCGUAGUUACUAUCACGACUAACUACGACUGUUAUUAAUACACACAAGGUCGUAGUUACUAUCAUUACUACCAAAAGAGAAGCUUAUGAAGUGUGGCGGACAGUAUGUGUGUAAUAAUAAUAAUAACGCUUUGUACUGCUGUUUGUGUUGAUGUACCAUUGUGUAGUGAACACUCUAGGUUGGUCGCCCACGGCAGAGAACACGUCUCAAAUGUACUGGUUUAAUUUUUAUUUAUUUUUUUUUCUGUACAUUUUGUCAAGUUUUUACUAAAUGUACAUUGGACGAUUGAAGAGUAUUUAAAAUGUGUAUAUAUAAUGUAUAUAUAUAAACUGACCUCACAAGGGAAUAAAGCUACACAUAUUUUUUCAA